AUGGAGAAGCUAGACACGAUUGCUUCAAUCUCGGAACAACUGAAGCCGAUCUUAGACAGAGUCAAGAAACUCGACAUAAUCGAAAAUUCAGUUAAAAACAUUGAAGCUAAUCUUGCAAACCUCAAGGCCCGAACCGCAAAACUUGAGCAGUUCGAAAUAACCGCUGCGAAGGACAUAAAAGAUUUAAAAGAGUCAACUACCUUCAACGGGAACACAUGCAAGGAACUACAAGAUCGUGUUGAUGAACAUUCCUCAAGAAUCAACUCUUUGAUGGCAAGCAAAAGAAAGCUACGGGAUCAAAUGAACGAAGUUAUCUCUAAAAACCUUUAUCUAGAAGCAUACUCAAGGCGCGAGAACAUUAAAUUCUUUUCCAUCCCCGAAGAAGAAGAGCAGGACACCCAGGAAGUACUAAGAAAUUUUAUAGAUGGUUUUCAUUGUGACGUCAUCAAAUUGUAAAGUCAAAAUAGCGAGGUUUUACGAAUUCUUAUUUACACUAGGUUAAAGAUAAACAAAAAGAAAAUCUUUGUACAAGUUUCCAUUCCCGAAGCAUGUUUCAUUUCGAAAAUACAGCAAUUUGAACUUCCGAGUUUUCACAGUGCGUGACACCAAAGUAGGAAUGCAGUGUCGUUGAAAAAAAGUCUCUCCUUUUGAUUUUCAGCAAUAUAACCACUUCAAGUAUUAGAGGAUAUGUUUAUGCGUACGCACGCUAGUUCUCGAGUGAAAAGAAAGAGCUUUUAUAGGAAAAGUAAACUCCAGAUGUUUUCGUUGAUUUCCGGCGGCCAUAUUGGUGCACCAAAACGGUGCACCAAUAUGGCGUCUCCAUACAGAGCUCUACAAAGGUGCGUGAAACGUUUCGCCAAAUAACUCAGAAACUAUGGGCCACAAAGACCUGAGACUUGAACAAAUUGUUUACGUGUUAGUCCUUUAUAACAUUUCAUUUUCUUGGUUCCUUCCACUGGUCGGUUUCCAAUUUAUUUUUUUGUUGCGUGACAGUGAAAACGAUCUAUAGAAAAUGAAUUGGGAUAUCGAAACGCCCGAAUAGCUGAAAUACAGCGUGUCCAUCGAAUUGCGAGACGAAUCGAGACGUGGUGUCGACUCUGGCACUCGCCCGAUAAUCGCCAGGUUCCUUCGCUACAAGGAUGUGGAAGACAUAUUCAGUUUGGGAAGACGCCUUGA